CGUACUAUAAUUGAAUCCGAAAGGUUCCGGGUGUGCAAAAUGGAGAACUAGUGAGCAAACCACGAAUAUCCGAAUAUUUAGAAACGCCUCCAAUUUUUCAUGAUGUUAUCAGUUUUACAGAUACUCAGGUGGCAGACCAUUUAACAAACCAGUUAAUCCUCAGGGAGAGGAUUCCUUGCCAAUUAAACCUUACCUAGCUGUCAAGCUGUGUUUUCAUAACACCACAAAGAUAAAUCUACCAUGACCUGAACAAUGCUAGAUAUAGCAGUGCUGGCUGGGGUGGGGCUGAGCUUGGCCUCAGUGCUGCUGGUGUUUGGAUGUAUUUGCCAACUCUUCAAAAAGUCACCUCAAGGAUUUUCUACAUUUGAUAAUGAUGUUGAGGCAGGCCAUGCCCAGGGAUUUUCCAUAUUUUCUACUCAGAAUGCUGUUGCUGAUUCUUCAGAUGCCAACCAGGUCACAUUUGAGCCAUUACCAGAUAUUCUUGCCAAAACUGUGUCAGCAACAGCACUCCGUCCUCGAAUCUCAAGCCUUGAGAAAGAACAACAAAGAAUUGCAGCGAAACACAUCACUGUGUACAGACCGUUCCCUCGCAGUAAUCUUCUGUAUGUGAAAGAGAUUGGUAUUGGAUGGUUUGGUCAGGUAUUACUUGGAGAUGCGGAGAAGAUCCAUGUAAAUUCUAAAAAGACCCGAGUGGUUGUGAAACUACUGAAGGAUGAUGCCACAAGUCCGGAACAACAGCUGUUCUUAGAGGAAGUUGCUGCAUAUAGAGAAAUAGAACACCCCAAUGUGAUUCAGCUCCUGGGACAGUGUACAGAAUCGCCUCCAUUUCUUGCCAUCUUGGAACAGGCUCCAUUUAGUGAUGUAAAGUCAUACUUGAAGAGAUGUCUUCCAGAAAGAGAAGCUUUAAUAAAGCGAGGAACUCUUCUGAAGUUCAUUGUAGACAUGGCUUCAGGGCUAGCCUCUCUACACAGGCAUGGUUACCUCCACCAUGACUUUGCAUGUCGUAACUGCUUGGUGAUGUCAGAUUUGUCGGUGAAAGUUGGGGACUAUGGAGUAGCAGAAGAUCAUUAUAGGGAGGAUUAUUAUGACACGGGGCAAAAUCUGCUUCCCAUUCGCUGGAUGGCUCCCGAGACCCUGGAAUUACAGGACCACAUCUGGCAGGUCACUCAGUUCUCCAGAGAGUCCAAUAUCUGGUCAUUUGGAGUAGGAUUAUGGGAAGUUUUGGAAUUUGGACAGAGACCUUACCAUGUCAUGUCAGAUGAAGAAGUUCUACAGAAAGUCAUUAAACUGAGAGCUGUGGGUCUUACAACAGCUUCGACAGAGGAACACAAAGAUUUAUCUGAACUUAUUCAAGUGUGUUGUGCAGGAGCGCAAGAGAGGCCAAGUUUAGAGGACAUACACUCUCGUCUGCUGGAGAUUCAACAAAGCAGAUUUGAUCAGCAGGCAGCCCAGGAGAGUGAAUUCGAUUCAAAGUGGGAACAGGCCUCCACAAAAGAUGAUCCAAGGGUUGUACAUAUUCAGAAAGACAUUACACCCUUGCCAUCAGUACCUGCAGACAUUCCGAGUGAAAUGGCUAGUCCAAAAUCUCCUCCCUCUGUAUCAUCACCUUCCAUUGUUAGUGUCAUUGCAGAUGUUCAUAUUCCACCAAAAGAUCAUUUGGAGAAAUCAGAUCUCCCUUCCUCUCACUCUGAUUCUACAUGUUUACCAGUAGUUAGUGAAAAUAAAUCUAAAACAGUGACUGAAGUUCCUGAAAAUGUGCCAUUGAAAAGUGGGAAAGUUGAAAUUGUCAGUUCUGUAGAUACAUUUAGAAUGUUUGAUAAUAAUUUGCCUGUGGAAAAAGAAAAUCUGCCAUGGAAACAACUACCUGUAGACAAUAAUGUGGCUAUUGAAGAUUCUUUCGACAUUUUAAGUGGAAAUUGUGAUAUUCAACUGGGUAACACGAAACAUUUUCAAUCUCCUUUGCUUAACUCCCCUCUCACGAUCAGCAGUUCUGAUCACUUAACGAGCACCCCAGUAGCAAAAGAGGAAACACCAGAAAAAACUGAGCCAGAAAUUCUUAUAGAAGAGGAUCAGGAAGGUGAUGUCCAGAUGAGGAAGAAAGAGUAUGAGGGAGGUGAAAGUCCCACUGGCAGGGGAAGUAAAUCUGGGAAAAUGAUGAUGCCCAGGACAAUAUUGGAUGAAAUGGAUGAUGAAGAAGAGGAUUUUGACCGUUACUCUGCAAGUGAUAUAGAUAAAGCUCUUGACUUAAUGAAUGGAGAAGUGGGUAAAGAUAGUGUUUUGGAGCAGCAGCAAGAGAGGAAGGGAUCUGUGGGCUCUGCCAAUGAGUUUGAAAAGGAAGACGAGGAAGAAAAUCUGAAAUUGCUUAGAAUGACAAUUGCUGAUGCUCUGGGGCAAAAAGGUCAUGAAUCUCAGGGUGAAGAGGACGGGCAAUGCAGUGACACAGAAAAUUCAUCCUUCAUGGAUGAUUUAGACAUAGCUAAAGAGAUUUAUAGGUCAAAAGGGACAACUAUUCCUCCUACUACUCAUACCACGUCCAGGACUCUUAAUACAAUUCCAGAGGAUGACAUUCCAGCAGACGACAAUUUGACAGAGACUGCCAGUAACUCUAACACAGACUCCACCAAAUCUAGUCCCACAAAGAAAGCUUUAAAAUUUCUUGAUUCAUUUGAUGAAUCAAUGUUUUCGGGCUCAUCUUUAGACACUUUCGAGUGGGAUGAUUACAUAGGAGAUGAGCUUGUUGGGAAAGUGAAUGAGGAAGAAUUUCAAAAUUCUCCAAGACAGUCCAUGGAGUUUCCGGAUUGGACUUUAGAAAUGGAUGCUUCAUCCAGUUCAGGAAAUGAAUCAUUGAAUCAUUCCAAAGCAGGAAGUGAGGCUUCUGAGAGUAGGCCAGGAAGUCGGACUAGUAAUCGAUUGUCAACCUCUGAAUCAGAGGUAAAAAGUCCAGUCGGAAUGGCUGCUCGCUCCUACGUCAAAGAUCUCCUUUCUAAGAAAGGCUUGAGUGCUUCGCCGUCUCUCUCCUCCUACAUAUCUGAUAAAUCCUCUUUCUAUGCUUUAUCUCACAAUUAUGAUGUAGAUUCCUCUGAGCAUGUGCCAUCAGACUCUGAACUGUCCAAUUCUCCGGUCAGCAUAUCCAAUGGAGAUGGUGCAUUUAUAGAGGAAUGGGAUCUUGUUUAAUCCAUGACUGAUAUAUCUAUAUAAUCACAUAGUCAGGUAACUAAGCUAAUCAUACACUGUGCAUGUGCUCGUGUUUAUUUUAUCAAAAUUUCAGUGAAUGACUUCAUUUUAUUUCACUUGUCUUUCGGUAGACAAAUACAUGUUUUUUAUCAAAUAAAUUAUGAUUGAAUUGAAAAGCAUUGAUAAUUAUGUAUAUUGACAUAUUCUUCCUGCAAAUGUCAAACGUGAAGAGGCUACUAGUAAACUAAAAUUUUUACUGGCCAGAUUUAUAUUUUAUAUAUCAAUAAAUUCAAGCCUCUUCAAACUAAAAGUUUAAUAUAAAGUUAAAAUUGCAAGAAACCUUGAGUACUGGGUAAACUGCACACUAGUUCUUUGUUUGAUUCUGAUUGUACCUCUAGAUACUUGUAAUUGAUUUGUACAGUAUUGUGGAAAGCACCAAUUUUCAUUCUGUUCUACCAAUGUCUGAGCACAAGGCAAGUGUGUACAGCUAGAAUAUUAUCUAAGUACUGGUAUUGAAAUAGUAUCAAAACUUAACAUUGUACAUGUCUAUAAAACCUAGAUCAUAAAAUGCAUGAAAGAAAUUAUUCUAGCAUGACUCGUGAAUGUUGUGCCCUAAGUGUGUCGUACACAGAAGUGCAUUUUGUUAUAACCUUAACUUAUCAGUGUCAUGUACUCUAACAUAAUGUAUAUACAAUGUAAGUAUAUCAUACUACAAUUGUAGUAUAAUUGUGUAAUCAUUUAACUACAAGGAAUGAUAAUCAUUAAAUGUGUAGAUAUAGGACUAUAAUGUCAAUGUCAGGGGUCCGGAGUCCACCUGUGGCCUCAGGACCCCUGACGUUGUGAGGUCACUAAUGAGGGAUAAAAAGAGUACUACUAAGGCUAGGAUAAAAAUUAAGAUUUUGUUUUUCACUGCAACUGCCACUGUUUUUUUGACUAAUAAAUGAUUUAUUUUUAUGUUAAUCUCUCUUUGAUUAUCGCUGCAUUACUGAAUAUAUUGAACAGGGCCCUGAUUUACAAAAGAACUUAUCACCAAGACUAAAAAUGUUACAUACUUAUAUAAAUUUACUUAACUAAAUUCUUCUUAAUCACAUUAAAAUCACAAUUUCAUCAAUGUAAAGAAUAAAAUGAAUUGCAAAAGAAUAUUUUGAUCUUGGUUGCAUGUUCUUUUAUAAAACGUGACCCAGGUGUAUUACUGCAAAAGGAUCAUAUGGAAAGAACAAAAGGAAAGGCCCAUGGAGGUUUAAAUCUUAUGCACGAUGUAUAAAAUAAAAGUCGAAACUGGUUCUGGAUUUGAUUGACAUUUUAAUCUCAUGCAAAAAGGUUCUACGUCAGUGAAAACACUUCUAUGCUACCUAUUGCGCCACUGGAGACACAAUACUUUUGACAACAAUAAUUUUUUUACCACAAAAAUGAGAAAACGGUGUUAUUUGCCAAAUAGAUCAACUAAUUAAAAAAACUAUAACCCCGUUGUCAGUGAAAUUCAGAAUCUCUAUGAUUUAGAGAUAUUUGAGUGCAUAUAGACAAAAAGAUGACCUCAAAUUGAUAAAAAAAAAAUUGAUGGAACUCUGAAUCUCGCUGUGGGUUGAUUCCUCGAGCAAAUCCAUAUCAUCCUUUGUUGUAGAAAUAUUAUAUUUAGUAUAGCAAGUGUAAAACUCAUCUCAUCAAAUAACUAUGAAAUAUUUUGAUGUUUGAUAAUGAUAGAUAUCAAUAGUUAAUGAAAUUGCAUUAACUUAAGCCUGUUCCCAAAUGUUGCAUGUAGUCUCAUGAAAUUUUUCUAUUUUUCAAACUGUAGGACUCUGAUGAGGACCACGACAUUGAUCUCAGUUGUAGUACUUUACAGAACACUGUGAAUGAAGCAGACAGCACCUUAGUAGCAGACGACCCUAGUAAGCAGCAGAUGCUCUCCGACAUGCAAAAUAACUCAACUUGUCCAGAAGAAAAUGUCCACAAGGAACCUUUAGUGUCUACGGGUGAAUAAGACACAUUCCUAUCGCAGUCUUUGAAGACUUCUGUCACGGAGAGCAAGUUAGCUGCCGCAGACAACAACCAGAUGUUCAUAGAUCCUUCGCUAAAUGCUAUCCCAGAAAAUAUUAAUCGUUACCGUGAUGCAGAGAAAGAAUAGAUUUUGUAUAGAUAAUUUGUUGGUAUACGUGUCUUGUUUCUAUCUACAAAUCUUCUCAGGCACUGUUAACAAUGCAUGUAAAUAUGGAAUCCUGAUAACAUUUUCAGAUUAAAUGGUGUGUGUUCCAUACCAUGUAUAGUAUUAUAUGGACUAAUAUUCCUGUUAUCAAACUUAUCCACUAUAUCAGUACUUGUAUACAGAAAAUCAGAUGUAAGUAAAAUGUCACAAAUUUUAUUUUUUUCAAUUGAAACACAUACAUGCCAGCCCUGCGACAAUAUUUGAAAUUGUAAGAUGUUAAAUGAAUCAUACUCAUGUAACUGUACAUUAGAAGAAAAAAAUUUAAUGUAAAAUACCAAUCGUGCUAAUACACAUUGGUAUAGAGACUCUGCUAGCAUUUGAAUUUGCUUCAAAUAAAUUUGGUAUAUAUAUUAUGAAACAACUUUGGCAUAGUUCUGAAAAUACUGUGCGAGUAUGUGUACUGCACUACUGUACUUAAUUAUAUAAUGUUUUAAAUUUCUGUUAUGAAAAAGGGAUUUCGACAAUACUGAUGCACAUGCAAUAACAGCUUGCAGAUAAAAUCUUGUAAUUGAAAAAUGCUUAUGUUUAGGAGUGUAUAUAGCAUCGUAAUCUUUGUGGCCUUUUUUCUGUUAUUUAUUUAACUCAAUUAUCAUGUAAUUAUAUGACUAUACCUCUGUGCAAUAAUUAAUAUCAUAUCUGUUCUAGUCUAUAUAAAUAUGGGAGUUAUUAUUAAUAAAUUCAUUGUAAUAAUGAAAUAAGCAUGUACAUGUAUAUUCAGACAGCAUUAGUAUAUGAGGAUUUUCUGUAAAGUUCAUGAAAGUGAUGGAUCAUAGUGAUAAUUGCUGUAUGUAUUUCAUAUGUAUUUAGAUCAUUCACAAAUUUUCAGAAGUACAAUCUGAAAAUCCUUUAAAUGAUCAGAAAUCAAUUUAGCAUUUGGAGCAGUCAGCAACAACAUCAUUUUAUGAAUGUUGCCACCAAGUGUUUAGGCGAGAAUAUGAUUGGUUGCAGAUUACCCAAAUUUAAAUGAAAAAAGAAUUUACAAAAUGUUUAACGAUAGUUUUAUGAAAAUGCCAUUGAAUGGAUGCAUAAUUUUCCCCCCUAAAAUGUAUCUUUUAUUUGUGAAACUAAUUUUGUAAUGAAUUUCUAUUGAUGAUCAGCAUAUCAUUUAUGAUUAUCUCUUUCCAAGCACAAUGAAACUGGUUGUACAUGUUUAAUUACAAUGCAGAAAUUUCUCCGAGUGUUCUACAUUUUUAAGUAAUAUAGAUUGCCCCAGAUCCAACUUCAUUUUUCAACAUAUCAUUUUUGUUUUACCUGUGUGAAGGUGGUCUUUAAUUUCUUGUCGAUACCAAGGUAAAUUUCAAAACUGACACAAAUAUAUCAAAGUGUUGGAUAUUUUGUAUAGUCUUGUUUGAUCUUGUCAAACAACAUUUUGAAAAUAAAACAUUUUUUCACCUUGGUCUCGAGUGUCAUACAUGUACAUAUUUAAUGCUUGAAUAUUUUUGGAUUGGUCUGCCUGGUUGUAGUUGAUAAGAUGGUGGGUAUAUAUCUAUGAAUUUUUUAGAUUUCCAACUUCUUUUUUUUUUUCAGUAUGAAUUUUAAGUGUAAUCGAUCCUAGAAUCAGCGUCCAUGAACUUUACAGACAACCUUAAUAUGUAAUAUUCAUGUUAUGUAGGUUUAAAGAAAUAUAGUGUAUUUAUUCUGUUAAAUGGGUUUUCAGCUUUUACAAUAUUUGCACAUCUUGUUUUGGCUGUAAAGUAUUGUAUGUUUAGAAUUUUGAACUGUAAAUCCAUUUUACAUUCAAACAUAUCAGUAUUGUUGAUUUGUCAUGUAAAAUUAUUAUUUAUAGAAAAUUUUUAUAUAUGUAAUUAUUUUGAUGCCUCGUGUACAUACAGUUUGGAAAGAACAAUUUUUUAUGAAUUUAUCAUGCAUUGUGCUUUGGAAUAAAUGAAUAUUUUUAUGCAAA